GCAACACAGCGAGGACCUGCUGGUGCCAUGGGCGGGGAGGGGGGAUAGCGGCACCCUCUCCCCCGGUCCCUUCCCGGCAGGAUGAGGGGUAGAGAAGCGGGUGACGCCCCUCGGGAGAGGGUCCGCGGGUGCCCGGAACCACUACGGCCGCGGGUGGGCGUCCCCCGUCCCCCCUCGGAGCCGGCGUGAGGCAGGACCGCGGUGGGGAGGGAAACUGAGUUUGCGGCGCCGCUGCCGCCGGUGCGCGGGGGCAGGAGCGGGAGCGGGCGAGCGGAGGCACCGCCGGCACAGCGGCCCCGCCGGGCCGUCCCUGCGCAGCCCCCGGCCGCCCACCCACCAGCCCCGAUCGCCGCCGACGGGGUCGGGCGGGGGGUAGGUGGGAGCGGCGGGGGCGGGCGGCAGCCUCGGGGGUCGUCGCCAUGACGAGCGGGCGUGCCGCCGCCUCCCGCCGCUGAGCGGGGCGGCCGCUGUCCCUUCAGCACCGCGCGGCCACCGGGGCCGCCCUGCCCUGCCCUGCCCGGCACCUGCACCCCACCGGCACGGGCACCGGCAUCCCCUCAGCACCGACAAAGCAUCCCCCCAGGACCCCCUCGGCACCGUCAUCCCAGCGGCACCGGCAUCUCCCCGGCACCGGCAUCACCCCGACACCUCACCAGCGCCAGCACCCCCCGGGCAGCGAAGCGAGCCCUGGCGGCCCCCGCGGGCGGCGGCGAUGGCGGGCGGGGGCCGGGGGCGACGGGGCGCGCCGGCGGGGGGCCGCGGCCGCUGAGGCAGCAGGUAUUCAUUCCCUACACACUUUUGGAAGGAGCUCACUAUGACAGGGCAGAGUCUGAAUGCUUUAUCUGAAGCGAAUUUUGAAGACAAUGAGAUCAGCAUCAACGUUGGAGGCUUUAAGAAAAAGAUGAGAUCCAACACAUUAUUAAGGUUCCCUGAGACCAGGCUGGGCAAAUUGCUGAGCUGCCACUCAAAGGAGUCAAUACUGGAGCUUUGCGAUGACUAUGAUGAUACCAAGAAUGAAUUUUAUUUUGACAGGAACCCCGAGCUCUUUCCUUAUGUGCUACAUUUUUAUAACACCGGCAAGCUCCAUGUGAUGGGAGAACUCUGUGUGUUUUCUUUCAGCCAGGAGAUUGAAUACUGGGGAAUCAAUGAAUUCUUUAUAGACUCCUGCUGCAGUUAUAGCUACCAUGGGAGGAAAAUGGAGCCAGACCAAGAGAAAUGGGAGGAACAAAGUGACCAGGAAAGUACCACAUCUUCUUUUGAUGAGAUUUUGGCUUUCUACAACGAUGCCUCUAAAUUUGAUAAACAGCCCUUUGGAAACAUCAGGAGGCAGCUCUGGCUUGCUUUGGAUAAUCCUGGGUACUCAGUUUUAAGCCGCAUCUUCAGUGUCCUUUCAAUAGUGGUGGUGCUGGGCUCCAUCGUGACCAUGUGCCUGAACAGCCUCCCAGACUUUCAGAUUGUUGACAGUAAUGGGAACCCCGAGGAAGACCCUCGCUUUGAAAUCGUGGAACAUUUUGGUAUUGCAUGGUUCACUUUUGAACUGGUGGCAAGAUUUGCAGUAGCUCCUGACUUUUUAAAAUUUUUCAAGCAUGCCCUGAAUUUGAUUGACUUAAUGUCUAUCCUUCCAUUUUACAUUACAUUAAUUGUCAACUUGGUGGUGGAAAGUAGUCCAACUUUAGCAAAUUUAGGCAGAGUUGCACAAGUCCUGAGACUCAUGAGGAUCUUUCGCAUCUUAAAGCUUGCUAGACACUCCACAGGUCUCAGGUCUCUUGGAGCCACCCUGAAGUAUAGCUACAGAGAGGUGGGGCUUCUUUUACUUUACCUCUCUGUUGGCAUCUCCAUUUUCUCAGUAGUGGCUUACACCAUUGAGAAAGAAGAGAAUGAGGGGCUAGCCACCAUCCCUGCUUGUUGGUGGUGGGCUACUGUUAGCAUGACCACAGUUGGCUAUGGAGAUGUUGUGCCAGGGAGCACUGCUGGCAAGUUGACAGCAUCUGCAUGCAUCUUAGCUGGUAUCCUAGUGGUAGUGCUUCCCAUUACACUGAUCUUCAAUAAAUUCUCCCACUUUUAUAGGCGUCAGAAGCAGCUAGAGAGUGCCAUGAGAAGCUGUGAUUUUGGUGAUGGCAUGAAAGAAGUUCCAUCCAUCAACUUAAGGGACUACUAUGCUUAUAAAGUUAAAUCCCUUAUGGCUAGUUUGACCAAUAUGAGCAGGAGUACCCCCAGUGAGCUGAGCCUGAAUGAUUCACUGCAUUAGCAUACAAGUCUGACAGCAGUUUGCAUGAGAGCUAUCAAGAGCUAUGUUUAUAAAUGUUUUCCUAUUUGUCCUUUUUUUUUCUAAAGGAUAGUGUUGCUGACACUGCACUUUGCACUUGAGAAACUAAAGACAUUUCUAUUACAAGUUGACAGUUUGCACAUUUUCAUCCUAUUGCAUUGAAUACUAAAUGCUGUCCUUUCCAUGCAAAUGUUACCACUUCCAUGACAUUAGUGCUAGUGGUAUAAAGAUGAUCUGUUACUUUGUGCAUUUUCUCAUCUGAGCAGAGAAAUGAACGUAGACAAGUGGAAUAAAAAUUUUCAGAUGUGACAUGAGUAAUGAAAAAAAUCACGCAUCACCUAUACUGGUAUCUGUACUAGUGUAGGACUUCCAUGCAUUUUACAACAGUUUAAAACAAUCACCUGUGAGUCACUGAUAUGCAAACACUUUUAUCCAUAUUGCUGACCAGUAAUUCUGAUUGUCACUUGUCUGAAAACUCCACUAAGUUUGCUUACUCUUGAGUAUGUAUGUUAAAAUCUGGGUGUUCUUGUUCUGAAAUGUUAUGUAUAGUGAUAUUUUUGAGACUCUCCUAAGCAUAGACCUUCCUGUGCUUCCAAGAUUAGGUCAAUACUGAACCCUCUGAAGAAGGCAACCUCACACUUUCAGAUAGCUACAUAUUCAAAUACUGCAUUUCCACAAAUGGUAUGGAGGCACACAUAGACCUCUCAGGAUGACAUUUCCAGAAGUGAUCUGCUCCCAGCUCAGUCUCAGUGCAGCUGCAAUAUGCUGUAUCAGUCUGUCAAAAUGGUUCUGAGAUUAGACACACAAAGAUGUGGGCUUUCAACAAUUAGAAGCUCCAAUGAAAAACUUGAAUUUGUUUAAUGAAGUGAAAUAUUCCCACAUGAACUGUACAGGCAGCAUUUUAGGAAUUGACAUUCAUAUACUGCAAAAAGACUAAUUAUAAAGAUGCCAUAUGUGAUGCUGAGAUAUAAAAUCUAAUUUUAUCAGAAAAGCUUGAAAGCAGGUGUUGAUGACAGACAAUUCCAUUAAGAUUUCUGCCAAGGAAACUCUAAGGAAAAAAACACCCUGUAAGUCACAUUUUCCCUCAGAAAGAAACUCACAAUUUACAACUAAGGGAGAGUAUAAGGGCCUAAGAAGGGAACAGAUAAAGAAAAAGAGCUUAAUACUGCAGCAGCCGUGGGUAGAACCUCCUACUUAUUUCUGUGAUGUAGUCAAUGUAAAUCCUUUCAAGGGCUGGCAUGUACUUUUUUUAAAAAAAAGAAAACAAAACCAAAAAAGACAUGAGAGAACAGAUCAUAUGGGACUUCCAGAGUAAUCAUGGAUCUGCAUAAAGUUGUUUUUCAAGUGCUCAGUCUCUUCCCUUACACAGCUUUACAGAGAUCAAACAGGUAGAAGCCUGUAAUCAACAGGUAGAAGCCACUGUUGGGUGGUUCUUUUAAAUUCUUGGGAUCUGUGCCAGAAAACAAACUACUGGUGCUCAGUGGGCAGAACAGCAUUUCUCUUCAGAUCCUGCUGCUUUUCCAUCCCAUUUAUUACAUAUAAUGUUCUAAUUAUUUUGUUGGUUUGUUUGUUUGUUUUACUUGCAAAGACUAUACAGGUUCAGAAAUUAAAUUCAGACUAGUCAGAAGAGAAAUUAAAAUACUAAAGCUCAAAUUGUCACGUUUGGAGGACUGUUUUUGUAUACCAUGACAAGGGGCAGCCCAACUGUCAGAAUAAAGGAAAUAUGGCAUGAAUAGGUAAUUACCUCAUUUAGGCUACUAGAGGUUGCUGUCUGAUCUGUAUCUUUUGAUGCUUUGCUAUAUCAGCUCCACCUAAAAACAGAAAGCUGACCACCCAGGAUCACAUUCCUGUUUGCCCAGUGAUCUGUCACAGAAAAAACGAUGUGAAAUAACUUACCCCUCACCCCAUUUCCUUUGAAAAAACUCUCCCCUCAUGUGAGUUAGUGCCUGAUUUAGGCCAUGAAGCAUGAGGGAAAUGGUCCUUUCCAACUUCACCAAAGAUCUCAACAGAGCCUGCACAAGUUACGAAAUCCAUUGGCAAUUCAUUGCUUGCUGUCCCUGAAAAUCAAAGAGAGAUCUAGAUAACCUGAAUUUGGUGUCCAAACUCGAAACAUUUUGCUAAGGUUUUCACUUCUGGAGGUCUGGUUCAAGUUCUCUGCUGGGUGAUAGGCAUAAAUUCAGUACUCUUGUUCCUGAUUCAUAUUGUGUGUGUGUAAACUAUCACACACACCUACAAACAUCCUCGCAGAAUGUGGGCCAGCCUGAGGUAAACUGCUGGACUGGAAGUACCAAGAAAGAAGUAAGGGAAGGAAGAGGUGGGCAUGUGCAGCUCAUGCACUCUGGUCAGGUUACAUGCUGCAAGGGUGGCAAGCUCUCUUCCUGAUGCAAAGGACACUGCAAACUCUCACUAAUUCUGUUGGCUGGAGGCCUUCAGAGAAUCCAGCUCCAAGCAGUGGUUUUAUCUGUUUCAGAAACAGUAGGUGCACAGAGCUGAAAAUCAGUGACUUUCAGGGCAGUUAUUUGAUGAGACCUGCAGACUUGCCAAAGAGUCACAAAUUUCCUCAGCUGUUGCUAGUUUAACAUCGCAAACGUUGGAUCCAAACUUUACAACACAUCAUUUCAAUAACCUAUAGCUUAUCUUAUGUUCUAGAUUUAUUAUUAUUUGUAGGGCUGAUUCUCUGUCAUUUCUGCCAAUAUUGAAUGGAACGUGUCCAAACUGCGUUUUACUAAAGAAAAUUAAAUACCCCAAGGAAUUCAGACUUUUAUUGUACUGGUUGAAAGGAAUUUUCAUUAUUGCAUUUUUAUAUAAGUGCUUUGGAUCAAAGACACUAAGUAAAUAAAGUACUGAAAUUUAA